AGGAGACAAGCAUGGCGGCCGUGCUGCGAGAGAGUCGGUAUCUUAUCCGAAGGAGGUGCAAGAAUGUUCCCUUUGCGAUUGCCUCCACGCGCUGCAUGGCCUCCAAGACACAGGUGGGCUUUAUUGGCCUUGGAAAUAUGGGAAACCCGAUGGCCAAGAAUUUGCUGAAGAACGGAUACCCAGUCGUUGCCACAGAUAUCUUCCCAGAGUCCUGCAAGGAAAUUCAAGAGCUGGGUGCCCAGAUUGUUGAUAAUCCUGCCGAAGUAGCGGACAAGGCUGACCGCAUUAUCACCAUGCUUCCCUCAAAUCCGAAUGUUAUUGAUGCGUAUACUGGCGCCAAUGGGAUUCUCAAGAAAGUGAAGAAGGGCUCUUUGCUUAUUGACUCCAGUACAAUUGAUCCUGCCGUUUCCAAAGACAUGGCAGCGGCGGCGGAGAAGAUGGGAGCAGUUUUUAUGGACGCACCUGUGUCAGGAGGUGUGGGUGCCGCCAAUUUAGGAAAGCUGACUUUUAUGGUGGGAGGAGCGGAGGAAGAAUUUACCGCCGCCAAAGAGCUACUCAGCUGCAUGGGAGCCAACGUGGUGUACUGUGGUCAGGUUGGAACCGGACAGGCUGCUAAAAUCUGCAACAACAUGCUCCUUGCUAUUGGAAUGAUCGGAACAGCCGAAACAAUGAAUUUAGGAAUCAGACUUGGUCUUGACCCAAAACUCUUGGCCAAGAUCCUAAACAUGAGUUCAGGCCGUUGCUGGUCCAGCGACACCUACAAUCCUGUGCCCGGCGUGAUGGAGGGAGUCCCUUCUGCGAACAACUACCAGGGAGGCUUUGGCACCCAGCUCAUGGCAAAGGAUCUCGGUCUGGCCCAGAACACGGCCACCAGCACAAAGACCCCCAUUCCACUGGGCUCUUUAGCUCAUCAGAUCUACCGGAUGAUGAGCGCCCGCGGUUAUGCCAGCAAAGAUUUCUCCUCCGUGUUCCAGUUCUUGCGCGAGGAGGAGGGACAGUAAUAUGUGCCUCUUCCUCUCCAUCCCAUGCGAGCCUUACCUUAGUGGGCCUGUUGGCACACAGGUCUGUUGCCAUAUUGUAGUCGAGAAGCGACUUUGGGAGCCCAAAGUUGGCAAAGACGGAGCAAACAUGAGUUCCCAAAAACAACCUUUUACUCGACAAUGAGACACUCCCUUUCUCUGUUGGAGGCAUACUGUCCCACAUGCGGAGGUUUCAAAAGGUUGAAGGCUGUUCUAAUAUCUGCACUUAUAACACGAUACGUGUUACUUGGGGGGUUUUAGUUACAAGAAUGAGACGGUGUAUUUCUUGUUUGUCCUCAUUUUCUGUUACUCGUCUCUCUCAAUUCAUCGGCGAUUGGCAACGCGAUUUUAGCACAAGAGUGUUAUGUAUCUUGCAAAGAAAUAAAGACGUCUUCUCCUUGAGAUUCCUGAAAAA